GUUUUCUAGAUGCGCCGUCGCCCGUCGCCGGUUGCGCAUCAUUACAUCAUUGCCUUCACCACAUCUCCUUUUGGGAUUUCCAAAAAUCGACUAACCCCAAUAUCAAAUCUUCACAAUAACUCAUUUCAAUCAUUUAUAAUUAUUCAAUCAGACUUUGAAAAUGAGUUUUUCAAAAUUAUUGUAAUUUUUGUUGUAAGGGAGAUAUUGGUUGAUUUUGGCAUUUGACUUGACAGUUUUGACGUGACAUCUGUUUUUGACAGUGACAGAUUACCUAACUAACCUACCUUUUUCUCGUACGUGUCUUGUAUGUUUUGAUUAAUAAAAAUGAUGUGGGGGAUGAACCGAAUGCGGUUAUCAACAUUUUGCUGCGGUAGAAAUUGCAGCGCAUAUGCUCAAAGUGUUAUAAAUUUAUUAAAAAAACCUGCUAUAGGUGAUAAAAUCACUUUAAAGGGAUGGAUAAAGUCUCUGAGAAGACAGAAAGAAAACACAUUCAUUGAUGUAAGUGAUGGCUCCACAGAAACAAAGUUACAAGUGAUCUUACCAAAAGAUUUAUGGAAUAAAAGAAUCACAGUUGGUGCUUCCAUAUAUGUGUCUGGAAUUUUGAAACAUUCUCCUAGGGGACAAUUGGAACUACAUGCUGAUGAUGUGAACGUUUAUGGACAGUGCAUUAUUACAGAUGGUUACCCUUUUGCACCAAGAAAACAAUAUCCUCCUGAAUACAUUAGGCAAUAUUUACAUUUUAGACCUAGGACCAACAAAUUUGCAUCCUUGCUUAGAGUGAGGAGUGCUGCAACAACUGCUAUAUAUGAGUAUUUUGCCUCCAAAGACUACACAAAUAUCCACACUCCAAUUUUAACAAGCAAUGAUUGUGAAGGAGCAGGUGAGGUCUUCGCAGCUAUACCAGAUAAUACUAGUCUGUUGAAGUCUAUGGUCAAAGAGGGCAUUGACUCAAAUGAAGCAUUUUUUGAUAGAAAAGCAUUUUUAACUGUCUCUGGACAACUUCAUCUUGAAGCUGCUGUGCACGGUCUAAGUAGAGUGUUUUGCUUUGGGCCAACUUUUAGAGCUGAAAACUCUAGAACAAGAUUCCACUUAUCUGAAUUUUAUAUGCUAGAGGCUGAAAUUGCAUUUAUGGACAAACUAGAAGUGUUAACAAAGAUUGUAGAAGAUACUGUUAAAGAUCUCACAAAAAUGACCUUAGAUAAAGCUGAUGUAGAUAUGAAAGUAUGUUCAGAAGAGGCUAAAUGUGACUUGAAAUGGUUAGAUAAAGAAUUCAUCAGAGUGGAUUAUGAUUCAGUUGUAAAAAUUUUGAGCGAUAAUAGGGAUAAGCUAAAGGAGAAGCUUGACCCAACAAAUGGAUUAACAAAAGAACAUGAAAUGUUUAUUGUUAAGUAUUUUGAUAAUGUUCCCACUUUUAUCAUUGAUUGGCCAAAAGAAAUGAAACCAUUCUAUAUGAAAGAAUGUAUAACCGAUACAAGAAAGGUUUCUGCAUUUGAUUUGCUGGUUUCUAAUGUAGGUGAAUUGGUAGGAGGGAGUCUCAGAGAAGAUAAUUAUGAAAAAUUAAAAAGCCAGAUACCUGAACGCUCACAACUGGAUUGGUAUUUGGAUUUGAGAAAGUUUGGUGGUUGCCCUACUGGAGGAUAUGGAUUAGGAUUUGAAAGGUUUUUAUUAUUUAUUUUAGGCAUAAACAACAUUAAAGAUGUUAUACCUUUUCCUAGAUGGCCACAUAAUUGUAAUUUGUAAUUUCUAUAAAUAAAGUUUUGUUAAGUA